CGACGACGACUCCGCCGCCGAUGCGCUGGCAACAGGUUGCGCUGGCAGCGGGGUGAAUUUUGCCCCUCGCGUCCUCAGUUUGUUGAGGGACAAUCCCCACCUCAUCCCAACUAACUCCUGGCCGAGGAGGGGAGGGCCAUCUUCGGGAUUUUGGAUCGUCUUUUCGCAGGUUCGGACGCGGCUCCGUGUGCGCGCCGCUGUCCAUAAUUGGAUCUGAGCGCGCUGCGUAAAGAGGACACGAGGUGGAGGAGCUCGUUCAUCUCCGCCCGUGGUCCCAGCUGGCUCGUGUAAACAACGCGGCGGUUUCGAGGCGCACCGAUACUGGCCGAGCGCACAGGCUGCUUCCACAGACAGCAGGAAGAGAACAUGAGCACCCUCUCCACGGACAGGAAGCCGCUCGUGGAUUAUGGCGUUCAGAUCCGCUUCAUCAAGGACCUCGAGGACACAGGCGGCGGUUAUCAAGAUAAAUCCAGAGGAAACAGCAACGCAACUCCUACUAACAAAUAUGGGGUGGCAGUGCGCGUCCAGGGAAUCUCUGGGCAGCCUUAUGUGGUGCUGAAAGAUGGCGAGAAGGGCGACUCGUAUGGAGUUCAGCUGAACACUCCCACCUCCAGCUCGGGGUCAACAUCACCUUACAACAGCCUCCCUAAAACGAAUAAAGAACCAGCAGAAUUCACGAACCCCUACAACCCGGCUGUGAACGCAGCACAAUCCCCCGUUUCUCCAGCAGAGGACGAGGAGGGGGAGAUUUUCGGGAGUCCUCUGAAGCGACCUCCAGGGGACGGUCAAGCCGGAACACAAGGGGAGGAAGAAGGUGGAGCUCGAAGAGAAGGACGGCUGGAAAGGAGGAAAGCGGAACCCCAGCCCAAAGCAUCGGCGAGGGAAGCGGAGAACGGCAGAGAUCGGACGAGUUCAGAGGAGUACAACGAGGCAGGCCUGAAACCUGUCAAAUUGAACGGUGUGGGAGCCCGGGGGGUCAAGCAAACUGCCCCUGGCUUCACCGGCUCUCUGGGCAGGUACAGCGGGAAAAAACUGAGCGCCGAGCCCCCUCCAAAGUCGUUCCCGGAACCCGCAGCGCCAGCCGGCGAGGAGCCCGCCGCCCCGGCGAUCGACACCAACUCCCUGGCUCCCAUCAAUAAGCUCAUCAGUAAGUUUAACUAUGGCACGCCAGGCAGCGCGCCGCAGACCAGAGGCCGCUCCGGAGCGAGGCAGCGGCUCAGGUUCGACGAGCGCAAGCGCUCCAGAAGCCUGGACGCCAGGAAAGACGUUCAGCCAGAGGUUUCCCCGCCCCCUCCCACGUCUCCCACUCUGAAUCCGUACGCCGCCCCUCUGUCUACUGCCUCCAGUUUGUCGUUGUCGUCACGUGCCCCGGCGGGCAGCGGCCCGGGAAGAAGCCCUGCGCCUUUCACCAAGGUGUCGGCCCUCGAGGCUCCCAAGCCGAGCUUCAAGUCACCGGGGAAGUUUGUUGCCAGGAACUUUCAUCCGUCUGUAGCUAAAAAGCCUGAGAUCCCUCCGAGGAGUAAAAGCACAGAGGCCAUCAGCGAGGAGGAAGCUCAGCUCAAGCCGUCUAUUUUUAACACCCUCAAAGACGGCAAAGGUGAGAGUGACGGAUCCCUCAAAAGAACCGUCAACCUGGAUAAUGAGACCCCCGGCAGUUUUAAGAAGGGAGGAUCUGAUGCCAGCCCCCAAAAGGCAAAUCUUGAGCAACUUCAACUUCAACUCAAUAGAUGCAAGAAAGAACUGCAGCAGGCCUAUGAUGAACUGGACGAGGAGCGUAUGACCAGAGAGGGUGCAGAGAUACGUCUGCGUCUCCAGGAAGAUCAGCUGGCUGAGCUUCAGGAGGAGCUGAGGAGAGUCUCAGAAAACUCGCCUCGCUCAGACUCACUGCAGAUGGAUGUGGUGACUCUGCAGGCGGACCUGGCCGAGGCCGCCAUGUUACGUCAGCGCCAGGAGGACACGCUCCACCAGCGGGAGCGGGAGCUGACGGCCCUGAAGGGAGCGCUGAAGGAGGAGGUGGAGUGCCACGACCGAGAGAUGGAGGUCCUCAGGGAGCAGUACAGCCAGGACAUGGACAACCUCAGACAAACCAUGGAGCAGGUGACACAGUCCCAGGAGCAGAUCGAGGAGGAGAGGGAGAGGGUGAACGCCUCCAUGUUGACCCUGGAGGACGAGCUGGAGAGCUGCAGAGACGACCGAGAGCAGUGGAAGACGCAGCUGGAGGUCACCGCACAGGAGCUGGACAGCACCAGAGAAGAGAGCGGGAAGCCCGACAGCGGUCGAAUGCUGCUGAAAUCCUGUUUGGAGAAGGAAGAAUUUGAGAGCAAGCUCAGGGAUCUUCAGGAUUCACUCCUCGCCAUGAAGAAACAAAUGCCUGCAUCUGACGAUAACCGUUCUUCAGCGGAGGAGCUUCAGCGUUGCCAUGACAAUCUCAAGCGGACCCGCGCCGAUCUGGACAAACAAAAGGGCGAGUCGGACGAGAAGAGCAAAGCACUUCAGGCCCAGAAGAAAGAGAGCGGAGAGAAGGAGGCCGCGCUUCUGUCUGAGAUCAGCAGGUUAAAGGAGCAGUCGCAGAAAGACGUGGCCGAGCUGGAGAAGGCACUCGAGAAGGCGAAGGAGUCAUCGGCUGGAUCUGCAGGACGGACUGUGGUGGACCACGGCACCAACCUGGAGUUCCAGGAAACAAACGCUCGUCUCAGAGAGAGGCUGGCGCGCAUGACGAGGCUUCACUCCAGUGCGGCCCGGAGCUCGGACGCCGAGGAGGUUCUGGAGGACGAGAACCGCUCCCUGAAGUCCCAGCUGGAGGAGGCCAAGAGAGGAGCCGCCCGCCUGAGCAAGGAGAGGGACGAGCUGACCCGGCGGCUGGAGGAGAGAGACCUGGAGAGGGAGGCGCUGCGGAGAGGCAAGAGCGACCUGGAGGAGCAGAAGAGGCUGCUGGACCGAGCCCUGGAGAAGAUUAACAAAGAGAUGGAGAUGAUGAUGGGCGAUUCCCGUCAGUCCGUGGCAGCCCUGCAAGCGCAGCUCGACGAGUACAGGGAGCGCUCGCGGAAGGACCUGCUGGAGGCACAACGCAACGGCAAGGAACGACUGGCCGAGCUGCAGAGGAGCCAGAACAACCUGAAGGCCCAGCUAGAAGAGGUUUCCCGUCUGAAGAAGGACCUGCUGCUGUGCAGUGAGGAGAGAGACAGCGCCCAGCUGGAGAGAGACCUCCUCAGUAACCGCCUCAAACACUUGGAGAGCGAACUGGAUUCAGAGAAGAGCACCUACACAGAUCGCACCAGGGAGAUCAGGGGCCUGGAGGAUAAAAUUAAGGCGCUGGAGAUCGAGCUGGAUGAGGAGAGGAGCAGCGUGGAGCUUCUGAACGACCGUGUCACUCGUAGCAGGGACCAGGUGGACCAGCUUCGCUCAGAGCUGAUGCAGGAGCGGUCGGCGAGACACGACCUGGAGAUGGACAAGAGUGCAAUCGAGAGACAGUUGAAGGAGUUGAAGUCUCGUGUGGCCGACAUGGAGGGACAGACUCGGCCCUCAGCGGGAAUCCCCCUGCUGGAAAUCAAAAUUCAAGAGUUGGAAGAGAGACUUCGCAGCGAAGAAAGAGAGAAGGCCAGUAUCCAGGGCUCCCAGAGACGAAUGGAGAGGAAACUAAAGGAGCUUAACGCCACGUUGGACCAGGAGAGGAGCCAACAUGUUGAGCAGAGAGACCAGCUGUCUCUGCGCGUGAAGGCCUUGAAGCGGCAGGUCGACGAGAGCGAAGGCGAGGUGGAGCGCCUGGAGGGAGUCCGCCGCAAGGUUCUCCGAGACCUGGAGGAGCAGCAGGAGCUCCAGGAGGCUCUGCAGGCCAAAGUCACCGCACUGGAGAACGAACUAAAGCGGAAGUCGCAGCACACACUUCGUACGGCCCUGGGCUCCUCCACUUUGAGCUCCGAGGACGAGGACGGUUUCUAUGACACCAACAUCACCGCCAUCCUGCAUGAAAGCCACCUGCAGACCACCAACAGCUAGAAAUAGAUGACUGCAAGAAGAGAAGAAAAAAAAUUCUGUGCAAAAACUUGUACGAUUUUGUCAGCGCAAGACACUCAGGGCAUCAAGGAUGCGCUUGUGAGAAGAGCUCUGUUGCCAUGCAAACUACAGACUUUGACGUGCAGUUGCUCUUAGUUUUAUUUUUAGUCGCAGCAGUCCAACACAGACAGGUUGUCGGGUUAAUUAGAUUUGCAUUUUUGGAGCCGUCAGCUGUGAUUGCUUCUUUCCUCUUCUGUUCUAUCUGUCAUGAGAUCCACUCGUUCACUGUUUUGUUGAAGAGACGUAUUAGAAUUACAGUAGAGAUACAAUUUCAUUCCGAUACUUCAAGUUGACUUCUGUUUUCAAAAAGAAAAGGCUCUUUGCUGAUUUUUGACCAUAUUUACUGUAUAAUACUGUGGUAGCCCAUGACUGUGGCGUGGUGUAUGUUCAGUGGUCAUAUGGUAGCGAGGUAUUUUCCCAGUUUUAAACCAAAAAAUGUUUUUGUUUUUUUUCCUUUUCUGUGUUUGCUUGCGCUUGAUAAGGUUCCUCUGUCAGUGUUGUCGUCGCUCCAAGUGUUUCUCCGUGUAUUGAAAGUGACGUCAUGAUUUUGGGUUGUUUUUGUUUUUACCUUUUGAAUGUGACAGUAAUGGGCUAUUUGUGCUGAGUCUACAUCUUUACACUGUAUUAGCCGCGCUGUCAAGACAAUCAAAUCACGGUAACACUGUGUAUCCACGGAGGUUCUUUUUCUCCCUAUGAAGUUUUCUACCCUAAUGAACAUAUAUCUGUAUGUUUAGCUUGGUCCAUGUGCAUGUUUUCACUCAAAUGCCUUAAAAAAAAAAAAAGAAGUCUCAUAUCUUUAUUUUCCUUUAAUGUUGUCACUGCAUGUGUUCUGUUAAUAUGCUGCUGCUGCAAUGAUUUAAAUAGUAUUUCAUAAGCUUGCCUCUGCUUGCAUCGCUUAAUGGAAAUAUCAUUACCUUUAGAUUUGGAGGCAUUCCAUUUCUCCUAGUUGCACCUGGCCGUUAUGAAUGUUAAUUAUAAUCUCUCAAUGACUCGAUGGUGUUAUUCUAUUUUAAACCUGUCACUUUUGUUCAAAUUUGUAUUAGGGCAAUUACAAGAGAGGAUGCUAUAUAUUUAGAGUGUGUAUAUUAAGAGCUUUAUAAGCGACCCAAAAUUUUGGCCGAGUGUACAAUAAAAAAGAGGUACGUUGUAA